AUGCCUUCAACUACACCCGCAGACAAUAGUUUCGUCACUCCUAGCAAGACUGUUGAUUUUUCUGGUGAAAAUCCUGAGGAAACUGACAAUACAGUUGAUGAAAAUGUUGCCGCGGCACUUCCUCCUGUGGUGCAUGACAAAUUCACCAAACCGGAGGCGUUGCUCAUCACAAAGAUUGUCUUUAACAAGGAGAAUCCGACCAAACCGAUGUUUGACGCGCUUCAGACUUUCUUUGACCACAUUGGUGUUGAGAAACCGUCUGAUCUUGAAGGACAGGAUGUAGAUGACUUACUCAGUCAUGGAGAGAAUGCCCUCCCAGAUGGCGGCCUAAUUCGCGGUGUCAUCACUGGGCGCCUCAAGAAGUUUCUCCUCUACGCAUCUGCCCCUUCUGUGGCCAUCGAUCCCAGUCUUACCUACCAAAAGAUUGUGCAAUUUUCGAUUGACCAAGCAAAACAAAAUAUUCCUACUACUCCUAUUGAUUUGACAAAAGCAAUUGGCGAACGUCAAGGCAUGAAGUUUCGCUGUCCAGAGGUCGAACCAUUCAGUGGCGAAUCUACUGUAUAUUGGCCUUGGACAUCUAAGGUUGCUUUGGAAUUUGGACAAUCCGGUAUAGAACUUGCUCUAACGGAUGCAAAGUUCCAUGAACAAUCUACUUGGCACAAGGAUGCAUCAAGUCAGGGUUUCUACGCAAUUGCAAAAGCUCUGAAUGAUGGUACUGCUAGCCACUCUCACUCCCCAUGUGUAUUCUGUAGUUUUUUCCACGUUUCCCAAGGCGUCAUCGUCAAAAAGCGAAAUUAG